UUUCUUUCUUCCGGCGUUUCUGUGCCUGACAAGUCACACGUGUGAGAAAUUCUCUGAUUUUCGGGAAAAAUCAUGGAAAAGCCCGUUGUUUUGGCGCGUGUUAUCAAAGUCCUGGGACGUACUGGUUCCCAGGGACAGUGUACGCAAGUAAAAGUUGAGUUUAUCGGUGAGGUAAACCGACAAAUCAUCAGGAACGUCAAAGGUCCAGUCCGCGAAGGUGACAUCCUGACACUCCUGGAAUCGGAGAGAGAAGCAAGGAGACUUCGAUAAGUUCCCACUGUCUAUCUUCAUAUUCCUAAGUUAUGUCCGGACGAUGUUUGUGGAAUGGUUGAAAUUCAUUGACGAGGAAAUCACCAGCAGAGCAUUUUCAAUGCCAAAGGAAAAAGAAUAAACACCUUCUGGAUCAAAGACUA